AGAAACAAUAAAAAACAAUCUUUAAAUAUAGAAACGCAAAAACGGAUGUUUGAUGACACAUUAGUACACAUAUUUACAAUUUCUUCCGAGGUAUUCGUCUGUGUUUCUUGAAUGAAAACGAGGAAAAUUUGAAUGGAAAACACAGUGAUGAAUUCAGAACUCUUGCUGCCUAAAGGUUUCUGCCUUUUGGAAACACAAGUAGCUGGUCACACAUUUUCGUCCGAUGCGAAGGCUUUAGGAAUGUUAAAAAAUGAAAUUCUAGGAUGUGUUUUAAAGCCCAUGGGCAAACCAGAAUGUGGCGAAAGAGAGUUAGCUUUUUACGAAUGCGUGACAGAUAGUAACGAUCCUAUAUUAAAUAAAGUGCGUUCCUUAAUACCAAAAUUCUAUGAGAAGAUAAAAUUAAGAGUUAACACUAUGGACCAUACUUUUUUAAAACUUGAGGAUCUUACGCAUUGCAUAAAAAAGCCUUGUAUUAUGGACAUUAAAAUUGGAAAACGUACGUGGGAUCCUUUAGCUACAGCGGAGAAACGCGACAUUGAAGAGAAAAAAUAUGUUCAAUGUAAACAAAAAUUGGGUUUAUGCUUACCAGGCUUUCAGGUGUAUUCAAAAACGCCGCUGACACAAGAAGAAGUGCUUCUACGCUACGGCAAAGACUAUGGUAGACAAUUAAAUGACAGUGAAUUCCGUAAAACAAUGUCGUUAUUCCUACAGUGUCAGAAAGUCGUAUGCUGGCCUCUCGUCCAAGAAUUAUUAACUCAGCUUUAUGCAAUACGUGAUUGGUUCAGCGAACAGAGACUGUUUCAUUUUUAUGCAAGUUCACUAUUAGUGGUAUAUGACUAUGAAACUGUGCAGUUUUUAACUGGAACCACGCAAAACGGUUCAAAAGAAACCUUACCCAAUGGAAAUGCACAAAAUGAUGUUUGCGAUUUUAAGUAUGAGGACCUAGCACCAACAGCUCUCUCAUCGGCCCGCCAUGUUCAAAAUGUCUCACCAUACAUUAAAGUGCGAAUGAUUGACUUUGCACAUGUGUUCCCAGCUAGCGAUGGGUCACCCGACACUAACUACAUAUUCGGGCUACAAAAUUUAAUCAAAAUUAUUGAGGAUUUACUUAGUCGUUAAUAUGUGCUUCAAAUAAUGACUUAGCAUGAAUAUCUUGCAGUUUUAUA